AUGGCGCCCCAAAGCAGCUGCCGAGGCCGCGAGGACCAAACCCUAGCGUCCUCCGCUGCCGCUUCCCCUUCCCCUCGCCCCCCGGCGUUGGCGCCUGCACCGGCGCUGGAGACGACGACGGUCGCCGACCUCACGGACCUCGUCCUGCAUGCCAUCCUCGUCCGCCUGGCCCCCGCCGACCUCCUCCGCGCGGCGCUCGCCUGCCACCGCUGGCGCCGCGCCGCCGUCCGCGCCCUCCCACGCGUGCCGCCCCUCCUCGGCUACUUCUUCCACCCCAAGGGCCCCUCCCAGCCGCCCCCGAUGCCGACGUCGGACAAGACCCACCACCCCGCCGUCUUCGUCCCGCUCGACGCCGCCUCCCCGCGCAUCUCCCUCGACGUCACCCCGGGCGCCGCCAGCAGCCUCUCUCCAUCCAGGACGUGCGUCAUCGGCGUCGCCGUCCUCGCGCGCGCGCACCCGAGCAGGCUCACCUUCGACGCCGUCUGCCUCACCGUCGACGGCGCCCGCCCGCGCGCCUGGGUCGCGUCCGUCCGCGACGGCACCUGCGCCAGCUGGCGCGCGUUGCCCAGGGCCGAGGGCGUCGUCGUCGACUUCGACCCGUGGUGGUUCGAGUCCCGCUGCGUGCACGCCGCUGGGAACAUCUACUGGCACAUCUGCAACUCCAGCCGCGUGCUCCAGCUGGAUCCUCGCACGCUCGAGUUCUCGUUCAUGCCCGUGCCUGCCGCCCUGGGGGAUGGCUUCAACAAGUACCGCGUCGGAGAGACGCCGGAGGACGGCCGUCUGUGCAUGGCGUCGAUCGUGGACGAAGAGCGUCUGCAGAUCUGGGUGCGUGGAGGAGAGCCCAGGUGGAGCGACAGGGGGUGGUGGAUGGAGAGGGAGAUUUGCAUGACCAAAGUGCUCGACACCGUGCCUGGGCUUCCCAAGGACAGGAUGAUGCGGAUGCUUUGCACCUGGCUCAGCGACAUGGACUACGCUCGCACCGGGAAGGUGUUCAUCACUACAUGGGGAUAUGGGCGCUACUCGUUCCAUCUGGAGACCGGCAAGCUGGAGCGCUUGGUGAUGAAAGAUGGCAAGGAGCACGGAGUUCCAAUCUAUGCCUACACCUUGGCCUGGCCGCCUGAGUUCCUCGCUGCUCCAACAAACUGUUCGACUUUCUGGUGA